AUGGAAUUCCACGAGAUUUUCAAGAAGACAAAGCCUGAGCCUGUGUCCUACGGAACUGCAGGGUACAGAACAGAGCACACAAUCAUCAAAGACAUAGUGAGAAGAGCAUAUCUCUUCUGUCUUAUCAGGUCAGCCUCUGUGAACAGACCAGUGGGCUUAGUGCUGACAGCAUCGCACAAUCCAUCCUGUGAUAACGGUAUCAAGUACAUAGACUUUACGGGAAAUAUGCUGAGCGAAGAGAAUGAAGAGCUGAGCGAUAGAAUAGUGAACGGCUCAAUUGAGUCUCUUCUGGAAGAGUACAAACCGUACGCCAACAAAAAAAGUACGGUUGUAAUUUCUCGAGACACAAG